AUGGCAGAACCAGUGACUAUGACCCAGGAACCCAUUGAGCCUAUUGCCGCACAUGAGCGGGCGGAGGAGGAGGAUGAGUUUGAGACGUCAGACUUUGACUCGGCGACUCUGUCGUCUAGUUCGACGAGUCUGAACACGAGUAUUUAUCAGCAUGCUUUUGAGAAUGGAAGACGGUAUCAUCAAUAUCGCCAUGGAACAUAUCCUAUUCCCAACGAUGAUGCGGAGCAGAACCGCGACGACAUGAAGCACGCCAUGAUGUUGGAGCUCACAAAUGGCAACCUAUUCUUCUCGCCCAUUGUGCAAAACCCCCAGAAGAUUAUUGAUCUCGCAACCGGAACUGGUAUCUGGGCCAUCGACGUCGCCGACAAAUACCCCAGCGCAUCCGUGGUAGGAGUCGACCUCAGUCCCAUUCAACCUUCAUGGGUUCCCCCGAAUCUCAAGUUUCUCGUCGACGACAUCGAAGACGAAUGGAUGCACGGCGGCGACUUUGACUUUGUGCACAUGCGCUGCAUCAGCCCCUGGCUGAAGGACGAAGUCAAGGUUCUUCGUCAAGCACACGACCACAUGAAACCUGGCGCCUGGAUCGAAAUCCAAGAACUCGAUGCCCGUGCCAACUGCGACGAUGGUUCCCUAGCCCCCGACGCCCCUCUCGCCAAAUUCUUCGACACCGCUGAACAAGCCGUAGCCAGUUUUGGCAUGAAGUUCCGCGCGGGCGAGAACUUGCGUGAACCGCUUGAGAAAGCGGGCUUCACCAACGUAUCCUGCAAGGUCCUCAAAGUCCCUAUCGGAACAUGGGCAAAGGACAAGAAGCUUCGCCUCAUUGGAUUGUACCUGAAGACCGCUGUCAGCGACAUGUUUGGUGCCAUGGCAGCCAAGCCCCUGCGCAAGAUCUUGGGACCUGAAGAAAUAGAGAUCUUCCUGGCUGAUGCAAGAAAGGAUUUGAACAAUGUCAAUAUUCAUUCUUAUGAGAAAUAUUACUUUUGGAUGGGACAGAAGGCCGAACAGUAG